AUGAUAUCAAGCGCUGACGCCAUCCCAACAAACAUUCCUCCUCCCACCACAGCUGCAACGACGUUCCCACUCUUCCCCAAACUUCCCCUUGAGCUUCGUCUGAAAAUCUUCCGUCACGCAACCAAUUCCUUGAAAUCAAACCUCAUUCACAUCAAAGCGCAGUUCAACUCAAUUGCUGCCCCACAGACUGCCGCCUCUGGAGGCACAACUCACUCUUUCUUAAGGAGCUCCUUCGCCGGCAAGAAGACCUUCAACACGUCGUUCACAGUCUCAAAGAGUGGAGAUGCUGAGCAUGAUGCUUCUGUUCGAGAUAUCGGGCUGUCGAGAGCCUGUUUUGAGAGUAGAAGAGUGUGGUUGAAGCGUCAUACUACUGAAUUGCCUGCUGCAAUGGACGAAACAAAGAACGGCUCAGGUGUGCUCCGGAUGAAGGAAGAAGAUGUUCUUUAUUUUGUGAACUUCAAAGAAGUAGUUGACAAACUCCGUAGCGACAGCCUUUCCGAGAACCUAGCUGUUUCACCCUCCAUCAGAUCCUACAUCAAUACGCUCACUCAUCUCGCUGUGCCCUUCGAAAGUCUUUCUCUCAACGGCUUCAUCCCUUGGUACCCAUCACACAGCAUAGACGUCGAUCCUUCCGACGAUAUACCUCUUUACGAACAAGAAAUUUCCUACUAUAACAAGUUUUUCGGUAUCCCGGCCAAAAGCCCCGAAUUCUUCUGGACAGUCCCGUUCCCUAAAAUCAAGAGAGUGGAUCUCGUCACAAGGGUUAAUAAGACACUCCAGGAAAUGAGGAUUAGAAAGAAGAAUAUUAACGAGUGGAUGGAGCACGCGAGACAUGAGAGGUGGAAUGACGUGGUCCUUGAUUGGAUGGCAGCAGGGCUAUCUCCAGAUGAGGUUGAGAUGAGGCUUAAUGAGCCCGAGUUCAAGGACAAGUUUGGGAAUGCUUAUCCAGUUGUGGAUAUUAGGGUUGUGAAUGUUGCGGGAGAGGUGCUGUGUGAGCUGGAGGAGCUUGAAGUGGACAUUGCUGAUGAUGAGGAGGAUAUGUAUGAAUAUAAGGUGUUUGAUGGCGAUUCUGAUCUUGAGUAAGGUGUUGGAGAUCACGAGACAUGUCGUCCGAGGAUAAUACACUGGAUAUGCUUUGAAGAGCGAUGGACCGUCGUCAGUGAAGCAGAAAGAUAGAGCUAUGUCGCUGGGGCUGAUAUGCAAAAUGCAUAGCUUGGGAUUAAGCAGCAGCAAUUUAAUGCUUGUAAUUCAUGAUCAUUACGAAC